AUGCAAGCCCUCGAGUCGGUCCUGGAGUAUGGACCACUUGUCAUUCUCCUUCCACUAUCAAUACGACCUGCGUUGCAGGACCGGCUCUUGUCCGAAUCAAUAUGCAUCGUUGCGCUCCCAGAAAGCGGUCGCAGCAUCCAAGCGGCUCACUUUUGGUCAAACUUAUCCAGCAAGGUAAACAGCGCCAGCCUUGUCAGCCUGCAUAGCAUGAUGAAUGUCUUAUUUCGCCGUACAAACUCACUCGAGCGAUUCGACGACGAGCGACCGAACGAUCCCGACAUCAGCAGUGCGCCUUGGACCACCCCUCCACGCUCCCAGAAUCUUCCACCGCUAUCUGGGAGCGUCGACUCCUAUUCUGACGAGUACCACCAAGUCCAUAUCUGA